AUCCAGCGAUCUAUAGAUCCAGCGAUCUACCGGUCCAGCAAUCCACAGAUCCAUUGAUAUAUCGAUCCAGCUAUCUACAGAUUCAGAGAUUCCGCGAGCUAUAGAUGCAGCGAUCUACCGAUCCAGCGAUCUACCGAUUCAGCGAUCUAAAGAACCAGCGAUCUAUAGAUCCAUCGAUCUAAGAAUCCAGCGAUCUACAGAUCCAGCGAGCUAUAGAUCUCUCAAUCUACCGAUCCAGGGAUCUACAGAUUGAACGCUCUACCGAUCCAGCGAUCUAUAGAUGCAGCGAUCUACAGAUCCAGCGUUCUACCGACCAGGAGAUCUACAGAUCCAGCGAUCUAACGAUCCAUCGCUCUACCGAUCCAGCGAUCUAUAGUUCCAUCGACCUACCGAACAAGCAAUCUACAUAUCCUUCGAUCUACCGAUCCAGCGAUCUACAGAUCCAGCGAUCUAUAGAUCUAUCGAUCUACCGAUCCAGCGAUCUACAGAUCCGACGGUCUACCGAUCCAGCGAUCUAUAGAUCCAGGAAUGUAGAGAUCCAGCAAUCUACAGAUCCUGGGAUCUUGCGAUCGAGCGAUCUAUAG